GCCACCUGAACCUCCCUAGAUUUCCACAGUAAAUCAUUUAUACCCUAUCUAUCGUGAUGGUAGAUUUUCAUCAAGCUCGUCGCCUGCCAGUGCUUUCAAGCCUCCCAAACGAAAUUCUUUCCCUUAUUUUGGGCAAUUUCUGUUUGCACUGUCGCGAGACGGAGGACACACCACAUGCCUACUUCCAAAACACUCAGCGCCAAAGCGGGCAACCAUCGUGGUAUUCCUUAGAUAGCAAAGCAUUACAUUCUACUUGCCUAGUGUCCAGAAACCUUCGCGAUGUUGCGCAACCAAUCCUCUACCAUCAGUUCAUUCCUGGAUACGGCGACUGUUGGGGAUCAGCUCUAUCGGUGUGGUCCCGGCGCCUCCUCCCUUUUGUCCGAACAAUAACACUUCGCCCCGACCUGGCUGGCAUGGUUCAGAGGCUUUACUUUGAUAUCAACCUGUUGCACGCGGUCACGAACGACGAGGUCGAGGCUGUAUUGGGGCAAGCUAUACAACCACAUGAUUUUCUGUCCGACUUUCUCGGCCCUUUCCGAGACAUGUGGCCGUCAGGUUUUGGAACGUCGUACAGGCCUUUCGGUGAUGAGUUGGCGGCGUUGCUUUUGGUCUAUCUCCCCAACCUCACUUCCCUCAGUCUCACGGGAAUGACCCCUCGCAGAAGUAUUCCCUCGUCAGCACUGAGGGCUGCCGGUGUUUCCAGCCUUCGUAUCCGGACCAUUGAUCUCCUUGGAUCUGGAAGAGACUUGGGCUACCGUUUAGAUGGCAUUCUCGAGACGGCUUCAUCCACUUUAAGAACGCUUAAUCUCGACUCUUGCACAUCUACUGAGUUGCAUAGUCUAGCCCGCCCUUUGCCAAACCUACAAAAUCUUCGUUUUACUAAUAGCAAACUUGGCUUUUCAUGCAUCGGACUACCAUUUUCUAAUUGUAUGGGGCUCGAGACUUUCGUUUACGAUGCCGUUUGUGAGGCCGACCUACCACCCGGUACCUUCUCCAUGGAGAGGAGGGAAACCCACGGUCCUUCUCUACCAACUGACACCUUCGAGCUUCUCAACAGGAAUAGAGAAACCAUCAAAACACUACGUCUCGAUCUUCGAUUUGAGCAGAAUGCUCCAUUCAAGGAUGAAAGAAACAUCACGGAACAGAUCCCCAGUUUACGGGGAUUUCCUGUCCUCCAAAAUUUACAAAUUAAUUCCGUGUUAAUAUACAGCACCGUGGACGAAAGGCCAGAAGAUUGCGGUAUUCUGGUGCAACUACUUCCUCCGUCCCUUGUUUCGCUACACAUGGCCGAAACUAUAGGUGGUCGGCUAAUGCCACGCUUGGUGAAGGGCCUCCUCAAUCUCGCAGAGACUGUUUUACAAGGGCAGUUCUCCAGACUGAAAGAGGUUAAAUGCGAUACGGAACAGCGAUUGGAUGAUUACGACGUGGGAGAGAUGUUUGCCAAGGCAGGGGUAGACUUUGGGUACGAAACUUGGCCGUUCAGCCACAAUGACUAGAAGGGAAAUGUCCCUAGGCUAAGCUAGGGCACCCCUUCACGGGCCACCCCUUUACGGACUACCGCGUUAGGACCUACGAACGCGCCUUUUAACGCGACGCCCUUGCUUGAAUAACCUAUAAUUUCUCGG